AAAAGAUAAAGAAUCUUCUAGUCGAGUCAGUUUGACAGGGACAUAAAUCGAAGUCAAAAUGUAUGUGUAUGUCGCACUCCACCCUUUUGAAGGUUAGAGUCAAAGUGGGACAAGGAACAACGAGCAUCAGUUAACCAGCUAAUUCAGCAACCAACUAAAACAAUAGCUAAUGUUUACUAGACAACUCCGUAGCAAUUUGAUCAAAUCAGUCAAUAUGUCUAGAUUCUCAUCAACCAUCACUCCAGUCCAAACCGCAACUGCCCCACCACCAGCUGCUUCGUAUUCUCAAGCCAUUAAAGUUAAUGGUUUCAUCUACGUAUCCGGUCAAAUUCCUUACACCCCACAAAACAAGCCAUUACCAGGUAAUCCAACCAUUGAGGAACAAGCUGAACAAGUAAUUCAAAAUGUUUCUAAUAUCUUAGAAGCUUCCAAUUCCUCCUUAAAACACAUUGUUAAGGCCAAUAUCUUCUUAACUGAUAUGAAGAAUCAAUUUGCUGCCUUCAACUCCGUUUACGGUAAGUACUUUAAUGAACAUAAACCAGCUAGAUCAUGUGUUGCCGUUAAGGAAUUGCCUUUAGGAGUUGAUUUAGAAAUGGAAGUAGUUGCCAUUGAAAAGAGUGAAAAUAAAUUAUAGAGAUAUAUCUCUGUUUGAAGCUCAAAUGGUUCCAUUCGUAAAUUAGAUAUUCUAAAUAUACAACUACUAUAAAGAUUAUUAUAGUACGUAACCACACUACGUAGAAAUUUACUAAAUAUUAUCGAAU